AUGCCAUUUGAGGUUGAAGGAGUGAUAGAGAAGGAUGAGGAUGAGAUUGAGGUUACUGAAACUCCAAAAGAUGAUACUGAAAAGGAAGUUGAGAGAUUGGUGAAAAAGACUGAAGAAGGAAAAUACUACAGAUUUAUAGCUUUGUUGAAGCAACUGUCCAUAAAUGUCUCGUUGAUAGAAGCUUUGGAACAAAUGUCUAGUGCCAUUUCUAGUAGGUCACUUUUGCAAAAGAAGGAGGAACCUGGAGCUUUUACUAUUCCUUGUACCAUUGGGAUGUUACACUUUGCGAAAGCUUUGUGCGACUUAGGUGCCAACAUUAAUUUGAUGCCAUUGUCUAUCUACAAGAAGUUGGGUUUAGGGGCUCCGAAACCGACUGUGAUGCAUCUACUCAUGGCCGAUAGAACUGUGAAGAACCCCUUGGUGUUCUCCAAAAUGUUUUUGUGA